AUGGGUCAGCGACUGAGUGAGGAGAGUGACUCAGACCAGGAAAUUGAUGUUGCAGAGCUGCAGGAGUGGUAUAAGAAGUUUGUGGUGGAGUGCCCAAGUGGAACACUCUAUAUGCACGAGUUCAAGAGCUUCUUCGGCGUCACUAACAACAAGGCGGCGGAUUAUAUUGAGAAUAUGUUCCGCGCCUUUGACAAGAACGGAGUGAGUAGCAUACAGAUUACAGUAAUCUGAUGGGGGCCUUUGAGGGCCACAGUGACCACAUGUCUUUCAAGUGAUAACUGUUGAACACCUUUUCUCUUCAUUUCAGUAUUUAUUGAUGAGUAUCAUUUCAAUCUUUUAUGAUUUUUUUCCCCCUUUGCCGGACAACACAAUUGAUUUUCUAGAGUAUGUUGCAGCCCUGAACCUGGUCUUGAGGGGCAAGUUGGAACAUAAACUGAAAUGGACUUUUAAAAUGUAUGACAAAGAUGGAAGUGGCUGCAUUGACAAGACAGAGCUGCUGGAGAUUGUAGAGGUAACAACAAACAUUUUCCAGUCGUUGAAAGAUUAGUGUAUGAUUAAAUAAAAUACAGUAUUUCUAUACACAUGUAUACAUAUGGGAUAUAAUUCCAAAAUGUUAUUAUCUUUUCUCAGUCCAUCUACCGACUGAAGAAAGCCUGUCAUGGAGUACUGGAUUCGGAGUGUAACCUCCUGACCCCAGAUCAAGUGGUCGACAGAAUAUUCGAACUGGUGGAUGAAAACGGAGAUGGUGAGGAUGUUUUCUUUACCCCCUUACUGUUCUCUGACAGCUUGAUCUGUGGUUUUUAAUAAUUUAGCAGGUUCUCACUGUGAUUUCCAUAACCAUUAUGGCUGUGUGUAACACACACAGACAUGUACAGUAUUUGCCAUUUAGCACUCUUUUAUCCAAAGCGACUUAGUCAUUAAUGUACACAUUCCAGAGUAUUUUGAAAAUUGGACAAUGGGUGAGUAAUGUUUUUCCUUCGGUGUAUGUGUUUUAGUUUCACUAGUAAAUGGGUAAUGCUAAAUAUUUCUCUGUCUCUGGAUGAGUUCAUUGACGGGGCCAGGAGAGACAAGUGGGUGAUGAUGAUGCUGCAGAUGGACGUCAACCCUGGGGAAUGGAUCAAUGAACGGCGACGUAAGAGCUCUGGAGUGAGCUCUGAAGCUAGACCUCUGCAAUAA